UUUUCUCUCAUCUUCCUCUUCUUCCUACUUCUACUCAAGCUCUUCAGAGCCAAAAACAGCAACUUAUUACCUCCUUCACCACCACAACUCCCCAUAAUUGGCAACCUUCACCAAAUAGAAACCCUCCCACACCGAUCUCUGGCCACUCUUUCCAACAAAUAUGGCCCUAUUAUGUUCCUCAAAUUAGGCCACAUCCCAACUCUCGUAAUUUCAUCUUCAAAACUAGCUAGAGAAAUCAUCAAGUCCCACGACAUCACAUUCUCCAACAGGCUCCAAAUUACAGCCGCAAAUAUCUUACUCUACGGAUGCCACGACGUGGGUUUUGCUCCAUAUGGAGAGUACUGGAGAGAAGCAAGAAAAUUUUGCGUUAUGGAGCUUUUAAGUGCCAAAAGAGUGGAGUCAUUCCAGCACGUGAGGGACGAAGAAGUUGCAUUACUUGUCAAAAGGGUUCAUAAAGCUUGUAUUGAGGAUAAUGAUUCUUCUUCUUCUUCAGUGAAUCUUAACCGGCUGUUGUUGUCAACCUCGAACAAUAUAGUCUCGAGAUGCGUUUUAGGAGAGAAGUUUGAGGAUGAAAAUGGGAAGAGCAGAUUUGGAGAGGUGUCGAGAAGGGUUAUGGUGCUAAUGGCAGGGUUUUGUGUUGCGGAUUUCUUCCCUGGCUUUCGAUGGAUUGAUGUGUUGAGAGGAUUCAUUGGAGAGCUCAAAAGUACUUUCCAAACAUUGGAUGCAUUUUUUGAUGAGGUUAUUGAAAAACAUAGGGAAAAGAUGAUGAGAACUGAUGAUCAUCAAUCCGAUGUGAAAGACUUUGUGGAUAUCAUGCUUCAACUGCAACGAGACGAAGCCCUUGAUUAUUGUUUCUCUCGGGACAAUAUCAAAGCAAUUUUACUGGACAUGCUUGUGGGUGGAACUGAGACAACUGCAAUAGGUUUGGAGUGGACAAUGGCAGAGCUAACGAGGAACCCACAAGCGAUGAAGAAAGUUCAAGAAGAAAUUAGAAGGAUAGUUGGAAAGAAGACAAAGAUUGAGAUGGAGGAUACUAAAAAGAUGGAGUACAUGAACUGUGUGAUAAAAGAGUCUCUGAGAUUGCAUCCACUAGCUCCUCUACUUGUACCGCGAGAAACAUCGGGAAUCGUAACCUUAGAAGAAAGCUACCAAAUUCCAUCAAAAACCAGCAUUUGGAUCAAUGCUUGGGCGAUACAAAGAGACCCCGAGACUUGGGAGAGCCCAAACGAGUUCAUCCCAGAGAGAUUCAUGGAGAAGAAUUCAGUUGAUUUCAAAGGCCAAGACUUUGAAUUCAUUCCAUUUGGGAGUGGAAGGAGGAAGUGUCCUGCAAUUUCGUUUGGGCUUGCUUCUUUUGAAUAUGUAUUGGCCAACCUUUUGUACUGGUUCGAUUGGAAGCUGCCGGAGGAGAUGGCCGGCGAAUUGGAUAUUAGUGAAGAACAUGGCCUCACUGUUCGCAAGAAAAUUCCCCUUCAUCUCAACCCAAUUCCAUAUACUAUGUAA